AUGACGUAUUUCCAAACGUAUGAACCGGAAGCUCACAGAUUCAAAAACAAAGCCUUUUCUUGCCCCGCUACAUUAUUGCUAGGACGCGGUAUGACGAAGUUCGAAACAAAUAAUAUUAAAAAAUUUAAAAUUAUUAAGCCAAGGACACUUGCAAACUUGAAGGCAAUGAUCUCUUCUAUCGAGUCCUACCAGACAAACGGAUACCGCCUUCGGAUUGAAACUGUGGAAACUUUUAAGGCCGUUUUACAGCUUGCAAUUCAAUCUGCAAUAUGCAAGAAAGUUGAACGAGGGCAUGCGCAGAAAAUGAACGUUUUGAUGGUAAUGGUUCAAGCUCAGGCAUUGGUACGACUGUCCAAAGCGGAUUGGCAGAAACAUCUCGAGACUUGCGGCAUUCUUCGGGACGUCGAACGCUUGCGCCAGGCUUUGAAUAUAUUCGAAUGUUUCGAUGAAUUGAGAAAGCUCCCGAAGUUAUCAAUCAAAAAUAUGGUCAUUGGCGACGAGCCCUUAAACGAUAAGGUAAUUAUGGAGGAAAACCAAAGAGCACGAGCCAUGACCAGAAAAUCCAUACGUCAUAUAGCGAACAUUUAG